CUUCUAUUCAGUAUGCCUCGGAAGAUUCAUAUCGACCAUAGAUUAAUAACUUGGAAGCCGACACAACCUGUACUACCCCGACGCACCUGGAAGACAAGAUGCGGACUCUGCCAUGGCUGAUGUCAUUGAUCGUAUGUACCGUCACACAAGACGCGGCCUAUUGGAAUACCCAGGCUCAGGAAACGCUGAAGAGAAUGAUGAACCAGAAACAUAACACAAACGUCGCUAAGAACGUCAUUCUGUUUCUCGGUGACGGGCUGGGGAUUUCUACCGUGACCGCGUCCCGAAUCUACAAGGGUCAACUACAAAGUCAGACAGGGGAGGAAACUGUGAUGGCGUACGAGAAGUUCCCGUUCACAGGGCUCAUCAAGACAUACAACACCGACCAACAGGUUCCUGACUCGGCUGGUACGGCUACGGCCUUUCUAUGCGGGGUCAAGGCAAAGGCUGGCACGGUUGGGCUAGACGAUAGCGCCAUUCACAGCAACUGUGCGUCACAACACGGGACGGAAGUGAAGUCAAUUCUAGACUGGAGUAAAAAUGAAGGUAAAUCUACAGGAAUUGUGACCACCACUCGUGUGACGCACGCGACACCGGCUGCCUCAUAUGCGCAUGCGGCAGAUCGCGGGUGGGAGGGGGACACAGAACUUCAGGUUGAGGAGAUCGAAGGGGGUUGUCGAGACAUUGCCUACCAGCUCAUUAUGAACAACAGCGACGUCAACGUAAUCCUAGGAGGUGGGAGGCGCUACUUCUUGUCCAUCAACAAGACAGAUCCCGAGCUGAAUGAGACAACUCGGUCCCAGAGAGGGGAUCUCGAUCUCAUCGAUGAAUGGACACAGGACAAGGUAGACCGGAACAGUAGUCAUAGUUACGUAUGGAACAACGCCCAGUUUGCCAACGUAGACCCGGACAAAACGGAUCACCUUCUUGGUUUGUUUGAAUCUUCACACAUGCAAUAUGAGCAUUCGCGAAACAAGGGACCGGACGGAGAACCCUCUCUGGCGGAAAUGACACAAAAGGCCAUACAAGUCCUUGACAAUAAUCCUAUGGGAUUCUUUCUAUUGGUUGAAGGGGGAAGAAUAGACCACGCCCACCACGCUACGUAUGGCCGGCGAGCGCUACACGAGACCGUUGCUUUCGAAGAGGCGGUACAGAUGGCGCUGAAUCUAACCAAUGAUGAGGAGACAUUAGUUGUCGUCACAGCCGAUCACUCUCACGUGUUCAUGGCUGGUGGCUACCCGAGCCGAGGCAACAGUAUUCUCGGUCUAGUGAACGAUGAAAUGGGUGACGAUACGAUGCCAUAUACUUCACUAGUGUAUGGUAAUGGUCCCGUGGGACGGGAAAACCUCACCAAUAUAGAUACAGCCGACUUCGACUACAAGCAAGGUAGUGCUGUCCCUUUGUCAUCAGAGACGCAUGCGGGAGAGGAUGUUCCGGUUUACGCCAAUGGACCAAUGGCGCACCUCCUUACCGGAACACACGAACAAAACUAUAUUGCGCAUGUAAUGGCAUAUGCCUCGUGCGUUGGACUUAACAAAGAUCAUUGCACACAACUUCCUUCUGGUACACCCACUUCCGGUUCAAGCGGAGUACUUCCGGGUUCUCUGAUUUUCACUCAGUGCUGUUUGUUCUUUUUGUUUUACGCUUGAUUUUUACGUAAGAUGAGAAAGUACUAUCAUCUAGUGUAUCUGUACGUUAAAAUGACGCCUUGCAAAGAUUUCUAACAACGGUCAAAUUCACACACAUGAUUGGCAGAAGACCUGUAUUAGCCCAACUAUAUAUCAGAGAGCUAGGCAGGGGUUUUAUACCACUCGCUUUGCCUUUGAAAAGGUGUUCUUUAUCUACAUAACAUGGUUCUCUAAUGAGAUAUAAAUGAACCAGAGACACGACAAGUGUGUGCGACAGUCAAUAAGAAUGUCUCUAGUCAAAUGUCAUACUCGAAAUCCAGGAGUUCAACCUAGAUGUCCGUGAUGUUCCUACUCCGAACCUUUUGAUUUUCUCGCGACAUAAACGAAGGCACGCGGUGUAUUAUUUGAUUGGUCAAGAAACUGACCAAUUGCAAGGCUCAAAGACUAUGUAACCUUUACUUAAAUUUCACCAAAGAGCUGCUCUGAGAUCAAAACCAGCAAUCACUUGCAUCUUAAAUCAAACCAUUACUCUGAGACUACAGAUUUGCAGAAUUCUGUUAUCAGUCCCCAGACUAGUAAACUCGUAUUAUCUGCAGGUUGUGGUGUACAGGAACCUUGAUUAUGUCAUAAUUUAUUGAAUAAAAUGUCAAA